GAUAUAGGUAGGGUGGCGCAAACACCGGCUCCCCAAACCCCCCAAGCGCAUGGCGCCCUUUAUACCCAAUCCCAGUGACCCACCCUCGGUCCCAUUGGGUCAUUUUCACAAACACAUGGCAUGCACAACCAGAUCUCUACUCUUUUUAAGACGCAUUAAAAAAUGAAUGCCUUAACUCGGCACCAUAACGGUCAACUUUCCUGCGAUCUCUGAUCAAGCUCCAGCUCCAGCUAGCUCUUCAUAGUACAAACUGAAGACACCACUUGCAAAUUUGGAGUUUUGUGUAUAUAUAUAUUAUACGGUGAUGCUGAAAUGCAUAGCGUGUUCGAAGAAGAUAAACACCAAUGGAUCUCUGUAUUGUCGAGAAGAGGAAGAAGACGUUGUUGUUGCUGGGACUCCGAGGACCAAGCAAGCCAUCAAGGCUCUUACUUCUCAGAUCAAGGACAUUGCACUGAAAGCAUCGGGGGCGUAUAAGAAUUGCAAAUCAUGUUCAGGAUCAUCAAACCAGAACCGGAAUUAUGCAGAUUCAAUUGCAGCGUCAGACUCUGCAAGGAUCCGGUACUCAUACCAUAGAACUGGAAGUUCAAACUCAAUUUCGGGGUUGUGGGAGAAAGAAACAGAUGCAAGACUGAAAGGGUUAUCUAGCGGAGAGGGGACACCAGCAUCUGUCAGUGGUCGUACGGAAUCUGUUGUGUUCAUGGAGGAGGAUGAGCCCAUGGAAUGGGUUGCACAAGUGGAGCCAGGUGUGCUUAUCACUUUCCUUUCAUUGCCUCAUGGAGGGAAUGAUCUAAAGCGGAUUCGAUUCAGCCGUGAAAUGUUCAACAAAUGUCAAGCUCAGAGGUGGUGGGCAGAGAACUAUGACAAGGUCAUGGAACUAUACAAUGUUCAACAGCUCAAUCACGAGGUGGUCCCACUUCCUACUCCACCAAGAUCUGAGAAUGAGUGUACUCAGAUCCCACUUCAGAGCUCGAGGAUUGAAUCGGCCAGGGACAGCCCUGUGACACCACCAUUGAUUCAAGAGAGGCCACGCAACUUCCACCACCCAGCUGGCGUGGGCUAUUCUUCAUCAGAUUCACUUAACUGUAAUCAAUUGCCAUCCAGCCAUUAUUGCAGCUUAGCUGCUCUUGCUUCAACUCCUAAACUCUCCAGCAUCAGUGGGGCCCAGACAGAGACAUCAUCAAUAGAUGGAUCUGUAAGGACUAGUUCUUCCAGGGAGGUGGAUCGCUCAGGAGAGCUUUCCAUCAGUAAUGCCAGUGAUAUGGAGACUGAAUGGGUUGAGGAAGAUGAACCAGGAGUAUACAUAACUAUCAGAGCACUACCUGGUGGUGUUCGGGAGCUAAGACGUGUUCGUUUCAGCCGAGAAAGGUUUGGAGAAACGUAUGCCAGGUUAUGGUGGGAACAGAAUCGAGCAAGGAUACAAGAACAGUACUUGGGAGCUUUGUGAUCUACCAAAUCUAUCAGAAUGUGGGGGUUCAGCUGUUGAUGUUGAAGCAUUCUAUUGGUCUUGUGGAAAGAAAGGUUGCACAAAUGUAUCAGGAGAUGUAUACUGCGGUAUAUACUUGCAACGCUUGGAAAUUGGUAAAGAAAUUUUAAAAAAAGAAUGGAAAAUGUUGAUUACAAUUAGAAUCUUUAAGUUUUACUGACCUACUAUUCUCAUCUAAUUCAUAAAUAUGAACUAAUCUCUGAUACUUUUUA